UGUUCUUCGCUUUGUAGACCACGCCGUAGGUGCCCUCGCCGAUCUUCUCCACCUUCUGGAAGUUCUCCAUGGGAGGAGGGUUUGGCUGGGGUGGAUCCCAGCUUGCCUCUCCGUAGAGCGCAGAGAGAUCGGGGCAGGCAGGAAGGAAGGAAAGAAAGAAGGAAGGAAGGAAGGGGCAAGUAGUUAGCGAGAUCCAGGCGGGGCACUUCCCUGAUCAGUUGGAGAAGGCUGCAACCUCCCCGCGCGUUCGACGCCGCGCAAAAUGGAACGUUGUGUAUCCUUUUUCCCCGGCGGUUGGCCGCGCUCCUGCGUUCUCUUUCCCGCGCGCGAAGCCGAGCAACUUGGCAACAAUGCGAGCGCUUCCCGUUCCACGGCUCCUCCUCCGCCUCCCAGUCUGCUUCCCGCGUUCCAUUCGCCACGCCCACCCUCUCCUCCGAUUGGCUCUGGCGCCCUCGGCGGAGCACGCGGGUGUCUGGCUUGGCGGGAGUUUUUCCUAAAAGGGCUAGUAGUAGUUUCGAGAAAGAGAGGGAAAGGUGCGGUAUCCUAAAAGGUGGGUUCUGGGGGGAAUCCUGCUAACGUCUGUGUGGCUGUCAACACAGAGAUGCAGCUUAAAGCCCGUUUUUUGCCCACCCCGCCGUAAUAUUAUUAUUAUUAUUAAUAAUAAUAAUAAUAAUAAUUUUUAUUUAUACCCCGCCCUCCCCAGCCAAGGCCGGACUAAGGGCGGCUAACAAGCAAUAAUAAAAACAAGUUGAAUGAAUGCAACUUAAAAAUAAGAUUAAAAUACAACAUUAAAAUAUUGGAACGUUAAAAUAUUUAUUAUUAAAAUAUUAAAAGUUAAGUAUUUGAGCUUCCUCUUAUGGCAGCACUGCCCAUGGCCGCUAAGGGGUGUAGACAGUAAAUAACAAAUACUUAACUAAAAGCAGAAAUUGUAGAAAGAUUUCGACAGAUUUUUUUUCUCACCACUUGCGGAGACAUUUCAUUCCGAAUCUGCUAGACAGAGGAUGUUGACAGGUGGGUGUCCUGCCCACCCCCCUAUUAACAUAAAUCCUGGCUAUGUCCAUGGCACUGCCUUUGGAUUCUGAAACCAUUUUGAAAGAGGGGGGCAGGAAGAAUCCUUUGAACGCUCUGGAACCUUCACAAAGGGAUUUCUGAGUAAACAUGCGCUGCAGAGUGCGUUUAAUCUUCCACUUGACUAUACGGAGGGGGAGCUAUUUACAUAGUGAAAUCCCAGGGUUUGUUGUGACAAAAACCCCCAAAAACAUAAGGAUAGCCUCAUGGAUCAGGCCAGUGGCCAACUAGUCCAAUAUCUUGUUCUGACAGUGGCUACCUAGAAGUCCGUGGGGAAAACUGCAAGCAGGACAGGAGAGCCGGGGUCUCCAGCAACUGAUAUUAUUAUUAUUAUUCAUUAUUAUUAUUAUUAUUAUUAUUAUUAUAUUCAGAAGUAUUGCAGGCUCCCACGUACAGGAGGCAGCGUACAGCCAUCAUGCCAAGUAGCAAUUUAUAGUCUUAUUCUCCAUGAAGUGUUCUCAGCCCCUUUUGAAGCCAACCAGCCUUUGGUUGGAAUUGAAUUCCAUAGUUUAACUGUGCACUCUAAAACUAUAUGCGGGGCUUUUUCCCCAGAGUCGGACACGACUAAACGACUAAACAACAACAUACAUGAAUGUAAAAGGGGGGAAAGCAUGGACAACGAACCGCAAGCGGUACACAAUAUGCAUGUACAGAAUAAGCACAGUGACCUUUUGCAAUGCAGUAAUUGGCAAUAACAAACAUUUUAGCAUUGCUCAGUAAAUUAGCACAGGAAAUCAUUGCCGCUAUUCAGAUCCAUAUGAACAGAAGCAUACUUCUCAGUGAGUUGCAGUUCAGAAGUUUCACAUGAAACUUGGGAGAGAGAAAUUAAACAUGCUAUUUAUUUAUUUUAAUGGUGCAGGAUUAAAUUAAAGAAGUUAGAAUGGUACACAGCUGUGUCAUGAGGACCCCUGCCAGCAGGAACAUUCUCAAAUCUAAGGGAGAUUCUUAUCAAUUAAAAAAAUAUCAGGAGGAGCAGAUUGCAUUUCAUAAACUAAAGGGAAAUAUGCAGCCCCUGUGAAAUGGGUGACUUCAUUUGCUUAUUGUUAUUUUAUCACUUAUACAGCACAAAAAAUGUGCUGUGCAGAUUAGCAUUUAGGACAGUCCAGUCCCACAGGCUCACAAUCUAAUAGAAACUAUACAAAAGGAAAAGAGAAUAGUGAGGGAUGAGAAAAGCAAGCAAAUUCAGAUACCAAGUCUUUCCCAUGACAGAAUUGCAUAGUAAAUUGGUACCCUGCCCUUCCACCAAAGAAUUCCAAGCACUGUCGAUUGGGAGCAGUUGUCCCAUUUGUUUUCACAAAAACCCUGUGAGGUAGGUUAGAUAGAGAAUGUGCAACUGGUACAAACACCCUUGCAAGCUUUCUGUUCUCAGCAGGAAACAGAGCCAAGCUUCUGUCCAGUUCACCUCGCUAUCCUGUCACUAUGGCUUGUUAUCACUUGUAUGCUUUUCUUUCUCUGGGCCAGGGGUCAGCAAACUUUUUCAGCAGGGGGCCGGUCCACUGUCCCUCAGACCUUGUGGGGGGCCAGACUAUAUUUUGCGGGGGGAAAUGAACAAAUUCCUAUGCCCCACAAAUAACCCAGAGAUGCAUUUUAAAUAAAAGCACACAUUCUACUCAUAUAAAAACACCAAACAGGCCCCACAAAUAACCCAGAGAUGUGUUUUAAGUAAAAGGAGACAUUCUUCUCAUGUAAAAACACGCUGAUUCCCGGACUGUCCAUGGGCCGGAUUGAGAGGGUGAUUGGGCCGGAUCCGGCCCCUGGGCCUUAGUUUGCCUACCCAUGCUCUGGGCCUUCGGAGCCCACCAAACAUUGCGCUUAUUCUUGACCCAGAGGCGAAUGGGUUCACCAGGCAGCUGAAGGUGCCCUGUAAUCUCACCCCCGGUACCCUUUAAUGAAGUUGCGUAACUGGCAAUUUCACUCUCUCUUGUCUUCUCUCUCUCAUUACACUUCCAUCCCUCGCCCCCUCCUGAAGGAGCCCUAGUGUUUCAGCCUUGCCCACCCCCUCCCCUGAACUUCCAGCAAAGGAAUCUCAUAAGGGGGGCCCAUUGUGUUCACCCUGCAAACUUGUGACUUAGGUCACACACAUCCCAUGGCUCCCCGCUAUUAGAAAGGGGAGGGGGGCAGGCGAGGAGAGAAAGUGAUGCCCUUCGCGCCCAGAGGAGGGGAGGGUGUAUGCAAAUGAGCUCCCUUUCUUAUAUGCCCCCAGCUCUCUACUCCACUCCUUCGCCUCUAGAAGCUCAGGAGGCUACAAAGAACUCGAAGAGCUAAGAUGCCACGGACUUGGUACCUGUGGGUUGUGAUUGGGGCCCUUCUGGCCGUAGCUACGGCUCAACACAGUAAGUACAGUCCAGUUUUUCCUUAUACGGCGAAUGAUAACCAUUUAUUUUACUGGCUGUUUCAUCAGCUAGACUGACCUCUAUCACAUGGAGGGGUUCUUGAGUGCUGGAAUUGAUUUUGCAGAAUCCGUCUGGUUAAAUAUUGGACCCGGAAACUGAAGAGUCCUAACUCUAGCCCAGGUAUGUGUCCCAUGAGCACAUCUGCGUGGAGGACAGUGCCUGCUCCCACACUGCUAUUACAAGGCUACAGAGGCUACAUUUCUUAUUUUCAUCCUGUACAAGCACAAGAAGCAAAGCAGCCACUUGGCUCUAAGCUGUUAAUUGAUGGAUUCGUCUUUGUAGCCCAACCUGCCUGCCGAGUGAUUAACGUUUAUAAUAUCAUAACACACGUAAGCAGCAUAGGAGAGAAUAUGCAAAGGAAACUAUACAGCAUAAGGAUCAAAGGAGCGUGAAACUCGGUUGUACGUUGCAGCACGUGAAUUAUACACCUCUCAAUACCUUAUUCGUUUUGCUUUGUGUUCUAUUUGCUGUCACGUCGCAACUGCUUUUCCCUGCUCCUCAAAUCAUUAUUCUUUUGCAUCUGCGUUGAUUUUUUAUGCAAGCACGUAUUUUGAUUCCCAUUGCACUGCAAUAAGACUGGGAGAAAAAUUAGGCAAAAGAUCCCCAGCAAAGGGCAUUUGUGAGGCUUAAGUAAGCUUCGUUUUAAAUCAGCUCCGAACACAAAAUAAAAGCCUACAUGCCAAAUUCCUUCUUACAGCAAUCAAAUGUGACUCAAACAGCGCAAGGGGGACUCAGAUCUGCUUUGUAAUGCCAUAAAUGCCAAUGCAUUUGUGUGUGUGUCUCCAUUAUUUUACUUCUGUGCAAGGUUCUCUGAAGGAACGCAAGCCUAAAAGUCUUUUGCACGUUUUAAAAUUGGAUUGGGAAGUCUCUGAGAGAAGCUUGUUCAAAAGCCAGUUUCCACUGAGUCAGAGCUGUGGGUCCUUUUACAGAAACAAUUUCAGUGCCCACAAAUGUUUAUCGAAAAGUCAGGUGUUUAGCUGAGCGACUGAACCUCUCGCCCUUUGAAAUAAACCAUUUAUUUAUUUUGGGCACCCCACAUUUAAAGCGUAUUCAACACCCCUUUAAAAGCACAUGGCAUCCCUGCAAAGAACCCUGAGAACAGUCAUGUGCUAAGGGUGCUGGGAAUUGUAACUCUCUGCGGGUGGAACUACAGUUCCCAGGAUCCCUUGUGACGGGGAAGUCACGUGUAUUGGAUGUGCUAUAAAUGUGUGCCAUGGGUCUGCCUAGGAACAACUACUGUAAUUUUACCUCCAAGAUCAAGACAACUUUCUGGAGCUGCAAGCCAAACUAGAUGCAACAACUUUCAUGCAGGUAGCAGCUGCAUGAAUAUAUAUAUAUGUUGUUGUUUAGUCGUUUAGUCGUGUCCGGCUCUUCGUGACCCCAUGGACCAGAGCACGCCAGGUACUCCUGUCUUCCACUGCCUCCCACAGUUUGGCCAAACUCAUGCUGGUAGCUUCAAGAACACUGUCCAACCAUCUUGUCCUCUGUCGUCCCCUUCUCCUUGUGCCCUCCAUCUUUCCCAGCAUCAGGGUCUUUUCCAGGGAGUCUUCUCUUCUCAUGAGGUGGCCAAAGUAUUGGAGCCUCAGCUUCACGAUCUGUCAUUCCAGGGCUGAUUUCCUUCAGAAUGGAUAGGUUUGAUCUUCUUGCAGUCCAUGGGACUCUCAAGAGUCUCCUCCAGCACCAUAAUUCAAAAGCAUCAAUUCUUCAGCGAUCAGCCUUCUUUAUGGUCCAGCUCUCACUUCCAUACAUCACUAAUAUAGACAGACAGAUAGAUAGAUAGAUAGAUAGAUAGAUAGAUAGAUAGAUAGAUUUACAGAGCAUGUGUGAUCCAAAUCUGGGCUCUAGCAGGCCCCUCUAACCUGGAAUACAGAAUUAAUUCUCAGGGUAACCAUGGGAGAAAAGAAUGCAGACCUGAAAAAGAAAAGCCUUUUGAAUUUGUGUGGCUCUAGUUUUGAAUGUUGGCUCAUUUCUGGCAUAAUCGGGUGGCACGUGAGGAUUAGCCCUUCUCUGGGGGGCUGUUUUGGCCCCCACCCAUCCCAGUGUGUGGAGAGAAAAAAUAGUGAUACCACUCUGCCUUAUGAAAUGGCAUUAAUUGUAUUCAUUGACUUAAUGGGUUACGGCAGAGGCAGGAAUAUGCACACACACACACAGCCGCAAAGCCAAACCUCGUGGUGAUCUGGAUUUGUGCCGGGGAGGUCCAGACCCACCCCGCGCCCCUCUAAUCCUCUUGUGGUGCUGCUGGCUGUCUGGGAUGUGGAAUGUGUAUUUGUGCUCGAUACGCAGAGAAGACUUAACGAUGGAGACUCUCUGCGCUGGAAGUCAGAUCGCAUUAGGAGCUGGUCUAAUUGCAUUAAGGAGGGAGAAGACUUUGUAGGUGAAAUUCGGCCGGCUUGAAACUCCCAGCCACUGGGCAUGGCCGUACAUUCUUUGGCCAGAUUAAAGAUCUCAAAGGUUCUUCUCUCUCGCUCUCUCGUACACACACACAUCCAUUUUUGCAACACAGCACGUUGCGCCGGUACAAAAUCGCAAUCUCUGGUCAGUUUAGUGCAACCGUGUGCGAUAAAAUCAGAGCCAUCCGCAUCAGAACGGUUAAGCGCAGGCUGUGCGCAUGAUGCGCAGUUGAGCCACAGAAUCCAGAUUGUGCACCAGUGCAACCGCUUAUGUCAUGCUAAUCCUAGGCUGUUGCACCUGUCCUUGCUGGGUUUUUUUUGCUUAUAGCAAACUAGAGGAAACAGAGAGUACGAACAGACACAAUCCUGUGGAUUAAGUCUCCCUCUCCCCACAGUGGUCCCUAACACCAUUUUGGUCUGCCCAGGCUUUAUCUCCAGUAUCGCUUUCUAAAGUGAGAGCUGAUGUUGUAGGGGAUAGAUAGUUUGCUCCAGAAUGCUUUGUGGGAAGUCUCAGAAGAAAAGUAGUUGGAAAUGCCCAAAUUGGCCUUAAUUGUUACACCCCAGCCUCCAGCUAUGAAGGAGAGAUGUCUUUAUUGUUACACACUGGCAGAGUGGGAAAUAAUACAGCAUUGUAAAAUGUCAGGGGCUGCCCUAACCACUGACAACUGGAUGAAGGAAUAGAUGGACAAUUAUUAUUAUUAUUAUUAUUAUUAUUAUUAUUAUUAUUAUAUUUAUACUCUGCCCUCCCCAGCCAAGCCCAUAACACCAGAUAUAAAACGAUUGAUUAAGAUACAACUUAAAAACAAGAUUAAAAUACAACAUUAAAAUGCAGCCUCAUUUAAACAGAAAAUCAAAUCAAAAACUUUUUGGGGAUGAAAACGUCAAAUCUUCACCAAGGCCAACUAUUCAGACUGGUCCUACGUGGGCCAAAAAAAAGCCAGGGAAGUCCCCAAAUAGGAGUUCCAUCACAGAAGGAGAAAGGGAAAAGGAAGGACGGGGAGGGGAUCAAGUUGUUUCCAAGCCAAAGGCCAGGCGGAACAACUCUGUCUUACAGGCCCUGCGGAAAGAAAUCAGAUCCUGCAGCCCCCUGGUCUCGUGAGAGAGAGCGUUCUACCAGGGCGGAGCCAGUGUUGAGAAGGCCCUGGCUCUGGUUGAGGCUAAUCUAACUUCCUUAGGGUCCGGGACCUCUAGGGUGUUGCUAUUUAUGGACCUUAAGGUUCAUACCGGGAGAGGCGGUCCCGUAGGUAUGAGGGUCCUUAGACCAUAAGACUAAGCCCAGAAUCGGGGCGGCCUGGCAUUCACUGGAUGUGGCUCCGACGAGGAGGAGAGAGAGUUCAUCCCAUGCAAAAGCUCCUGGCUUCAUGUCCCAACAUCUUCAGGUAGGACUGGGGAAGACUCCUGCAUGAAGCUCGGGGAAUAAGCUGCCAACCAGUGUAGUUAGCAUGGAGCCUAGAUGGCCCGGGAGGCUGAUCUACUCAUUGGACAGCUUGAAAUAUUUCUAGGCUGUAUUUGAAUGGGGGGUUUUUUGGCAGCAAGUUUUUCUCCCCAAUUCCUUCUCCACUUGGAGACUGGAAACGAAAGUUUCAACAAGGGAAGAGCAGGCUGUGUAACUUAAAACCCAAGACUAUCCGGAAUGACAGUGACUCCAACAAGGAUGCCAGAGCUAUUGGCGUCACUACCUACAGGUAAUGCUGCCAGGGUGGAAGAGGGAGAAGUGAGGCGAAUAUUAAAGGAGGUAAACACGAGGAAGGCUAUGGGGCCAGAUGGGGUGGCUGGCAGAAAGAAUAACUGGGUGCAUUCUUCCCACCUUAGAUCAAAUCUAUGCUGUCAGGUGCCAUAAGAAAGCGGCAAAGAUAGCACAGGAUAGUACGCACCCCGGAAAUGAUCUCUUUCAGCUUCUGCCUUCUGGAAGAAGUUAUAGGGUUAUAAAGGCCAGGAGAAACAGUUUCUACGCAAAUGCAAUUCUGGUUCUAAACGCAGCAUAAGGGGUUAGUAUAGUAUAGUAUAGUAUAGUAUAGUAUAGUAUAGUAUAGUAUAGUAUAGUAUAGUUAAAAUGGGGUUUCAGAGUUUUUAGGGGUUUUUGAAUGUUUUAUGUAGUUUUUCAAUUUCAUUGUUCUGCAUGGGACAAUGACAAUAAAGAUAUCGUAUCGUAUCGUAUAAUCCAACCACUAUUUUCUAACUUAAGAUCCUGGGAACCAUCAUUUGUUAACGGCGCCGGGAAUUGUAGCUCUCCGAGAGGUAAACUACAAUUCCCAUGAUCCUCAGGGAAGUCAUGUGCAUGAGAUGCCUGACGCACCCUCCUCUCUGAUCGCAUCUGCAUCUAGUUGUGUUUCAAGGAGUGAAUUCUCCUUCCAGCUUGCCGCCCUUUGCAGCCUCUCUCCCCCCCCAUUUCUUUUCAUGGCAAGGAGCCCAGGACUUUACUCCUCUGCUGCGGGUGCAGGCGGCAUGUGAUGGCUCAGCCCUCACAGUGCCGUGGGGCUCCCAUCACAUGGGGCCUGGCAGGCUGUGCCCAAGCUCUUUCAUGUGACUCUCAGCUGAGGGCAGGGCGCUGUAGCUGAACGAUGGGUCGACAAGGCACAGGCUACAAGAGUCUGGAUCGGCAACCUCCCGCCGGAAGCUCACACAUAAAACAAAGCUGGCAAAGAGUGGUUUGCUUGCAUAAUGUGGGGAGGUUGUCGUUUGUUCCCGGGGCCUGGCAGAAAGUACAGUGGUACCUCAGGUUACAUACACUUCAGGUUACAUACACUUCAGGUCACAGACUCCACUAACCCAGAAAUAGUGCUUCAGGUUAAGAACUUUGCUUCAGGAUGAGAACAGAAAUCGUGCUCCAGCAGCGGGAGGCCCCAUUAGCUAAAGUGGUGCUUCAGGUUAAGAACAGUUUCAGGUUAAGAACAGACCUCUGGAACGAAUUAAGUACUUAACCUGAGGUACACUGUAAAGAUGAAUAUCCAUUUAGAUUUGGGAAGGGGUAGCAAGCUGUGUUGUCCAGAUGCAUUAGCAGCUGAGAGAUUUGAAAAUAUCACAGAGCGGCCGGACUGAGAAAUGCCACGCUUACCUUUUUUAAAUAUUGAACUGAAUUUUAAGAAAUCAACUUCAAUACAAAUUUCCCUGAACAGUUUAGACUUCCCACCCUUUACCCCCCAUGAUGUUUUGGUUCCCACCCUUUUCAUUGUGUAACAUAUUUAGAUCUCGUACUUAUUUCCUCAGUUGCAAUUGCUGUCUUUUCCCUUCCGCUGCUUAGAGUUCGAAUCCGGCUCAGUCACGACUUCCUUGGACUCUAAUACUUCCUCAGAUAGUCCAAAACAGGUCUCCACUCUUCCAUAAAAAGUUCAUCGUUUUGAUCUCGCUGUCGAUUUUACCGUUUCCGUGUAGUCCUUUAGCUUUAAGAUCCAUUCUUCCUUGGUUGGAACUUCUUCCUUCCUCCCAUUUCUGUGUAAAUAGGAUUCUGGCUGUUAUUGUUGUUGCGCACAUAAAUACAGUGGUACCUCGGGUUACAUACGCUUCAGGUUACAGACUCCGCUAACCCAGAAAUAGUACCUCAGGUUAAGAACUUUGCUUCAGGAUGAGAACAGAAAUCGUGCUCUGGCGGCACGACAGCAGCAGGAGGCCCCAUUAGCUAAAGUGGUGAUUCAGGUUAAGAACAGUUUCAGGUUAAGUACGGACCUCCGGAACGAAUUAAGUACUUAACCUGAGGCACCACUGUAAUUUAAUUGUCUUCUUUUGGACAUCCGUUCCUAUUAUCCCUAAAAGGAAAGCUUCAGGGUUUUUUUUUUGGGGGGGGAGCCAAUUUUAUCAUUUUCUUCAUUUCGUUACGUAUCAUUUCGCAACCCCCUUAGCUUUUGCAAAUGUCCAUCUCAAAUGGGGAAAAAAGACCCUUCAGUAUGUUUACAUUUCCAACACUUGCCUGACACAAUCUUUAUACACCUUAGCCAAUUUAUUUGGCCUUAAGGAUCACCUGUGUAUCAAUUAGCCAGCGCAAUUCCUUUUUCUAUGAAGCUGUAGUAUUAUGUUGUCGCCAAUAUUCCCUCUAAUUCCCACGUUCAGAGGGGAGUGCCAGUUCUCACGGCACCAAAAUGGCAGCAUCUAUCCAAAAGAGAGAAGUACCCACAGGCUUGAGGGGAAAAUAAUUAAUAAAAAUUGCCUCUAGAGGGGAGGGAGUCAUGCUCAGUGAUGGAAUGGAACACCCCGGACAGGGCUUGGUUGGGUGGUCGGCUGAACAAACACUGAGCAGGCAGUCUCCAUACUGCACCAAUGGACAGUCAGCAGGAAAAGGCGCAAUUGCUGUAUUGCGAAUGCCGUAAAGCGAAUCCCAGAUGCGCACAUAAAUUAAGUGCACUGAAAGAGUAAGGAGUAUCCAGUAUGAUCACCCAAUUUUUAAAAUUCCAUGGAAUUGCUAUGUGCUGUGCAGAUUAUGGAAGUGUCGUGGAAGCUUACCAUUUAAGACUUAGAUUUUAGGUCACCGAAAGAUGACGGAGAAGUAAUGAGAGGUUAGGGAGCAUCCGUGUAUCUGAUGAGGAUCCCCUGUGGGGCAGGGGAAGAGCAGCCGACAUUUGAUUGCUCUACAGCCGAAAGAACUUUCAGCCAUUAGUGGUUGUGAAGAAUGCAAACUUCUCUUCCUGUCCCCCACCCCCAUCCAGGCUUCCAUAGUAGAGGGAACUGCUCAGUCUUUAACAUUUUACCUUGAGGGAAAUGCAAUUGCCUUUUGCACCUGCUAGCAAUUCCAUUGCAACUUGCAGUGCCCAUGCGGAAAGGCGUUUUGUGAGUGUGCUUGAAAUGCUGAUGGAAUAUGCGCAGCUUGCGGACUUAACAUAUACUAGAAUGACAUACUAUAAUAAGAGAAUGCUAGAAAAGCAGAGACAUCACCUUGCCAACAAAGGUCUGUACAGUUAAAGCUAUGGAAGUGAGAGCUGGACCAUAAAGAAGGCUGAUCGCCAAAGAAUUGAUGCCUUUGAAUUAUGGUGUUGGGGGAGACUCUUGAGAGUCCCAUGGACUGCAAGAAGAUCAAACCUAUCCAUUCUUAAGGAAAUCAGCCCUGAGUUCUCACUGGAAGGACAGGUCCUUAAGCUGAGGCUCCAGUAUUUUGGCCACCUCAUGAGAAGAGAAGACUCCCUGGAAAAGACCCUGUUGUUGGGAAAGAUGGAGGGCACAAGGAGAAGGGGACGACAGAGGACGAGAUGGUUGGACAGUGUUCUCGAAGCUACCAGCAUGAGUUUGACCAAACUGCGGGAGGCAGUGGAAGACAGGAGUGCCUGGCGUGCUGUGGUCCAUGGAGUCACGAAGAGUCGGACACGACUAAACAACAACAACAAAGAAUAAGAGAACAAGAAGAACAUACAUUUAGAGAAGACUGGAAAAUGUUUAUUGAAUAUAUGGAGGGGAAACUGUGUAUACUUGAAAACGUUGGCGGCAUUAAGACAAAUUCAACAGUGUAAAUAAGUUUUGAUGGAUGUAAUAAUGGAAUACUGAAUGGUUUAGUUUAUGUAAACUAUGCAGGGAUUUAUGAUAUGCAAAAUGAACCAUGGAAAGAGAAGAAGGGGAGUCUUUGAUAUUUUAAGGAUGUUUAAAUAUUGACAUCCAAUGCCCUUUUAAAAUGUUUGGAGGGAGGGAGGUUAAUUGGAUUGUUUUUGUUUUGAUUAAGUAUUUUGUGAUUGUGAUUUUAUCCUGUUAACCGCCAUGAGACCUGUGGGUAUAGGGUGGUAUACAAUUUUUAAUAAUAAUAACAAUAUUGCUCUUGAGCAUCUGCCAUAAGAUGCUGGGAGAGGAGGAGGACAGCUGCCAGCAGCCCUUUAGAGGACUUUCUACCUUUCUGUUAUACUGGGAUCCUUGGAAAGAGAAGACCCCCAAGCCGGAAGAUUUUCAGACUGGUGAGCACAGACUGGUGAGCUUUAAUGCUGUGGGUCUCAGCGAUUAAUCCAGUCAGACCCACUCAUCCCUCAGUGCAGUCAAAGACCUGGGAUUGACUGGGCCGCAAUUCUUCAUGUGCUCUAAAAUCCUGGCUUGGAACAAUGAAUUGGGGGUGUUGUUAGGUAAUGUUGUACUCUGGACUUUAAUAAUCUUCAGCUGGUAACCGGGGCUGGCUCUGCCAUUAAGCAGACAGCUGCCUGAAGCAGUGGGUACUGGGGGUUCCCCCCCCCCAUGUUAUUGCAUAAUUGCCAUCCAGAGGGAGGACACUCUUGCACCAUAGCACGACAAAAGCAGGACAAACAUUAAAUUCGGAACAUUGGCAGUAUGAACUAUUACAGGCAUUCAGCAGGAAAAUACAAGACAUGCGCUAACUGGAAAUGAAGUUGUAUAUCUGCCCCCAAAUCCUUUGCAGACGCAAACAGUAUUUGAAACAAAAUUUUAAAAAUUCCGUCCAGUAGCACCUUAGAGACCAACUACGGUAAGUUUGUUAUCGGUUUGAGCUUUCGUGUGCAAGCUCAUACCAAUACCAAGUACGCAUGCACACAAAAGCUCCUACCAAUAACAAACUUAGUUGGUCUCUAGGGACGCGGGUGGCGCUGUGAAUUAAACCACAGAGCCUAGGACUUCCCGAUCGGAAGGUCGGCGGUUCGAAUCCCCGCGACGGGGUGAGCUCCCAUUGCUCUGCCCCUGCUCCUGCCAACCUAGCAGUUCAAAAGCACGUCAAAGUGCAAGUAGGUAAAUAGCUACCGCUCCGGCAGGAAGGUAAAUGGCGUUUCCGUGUGCUGCUCUGGUUCGCCAGAAGCGGCUUAGUCAUGCUGGCUACAUGACCCAGAAGUUGUAUGCCGGCUCCCUUGGCCAAUAAAGCGAGAUGAGCGCCGCAACCCCAGAGUCGGCCACGACUGGACCUAAUGGUCAGGGGUCCCUUUACCUUUAUCUAAGGUGCUGCUGGGAGGAAUUUCUUUAUUUUGUUUAGACUACGGCAGACCAACACGGCUACCUACCUAUAACUAGCAAACAGUAUUGAAGGUGGGCUCAUGUAUAAACCACCUAAAUGCCACAAUCAAGAGCAAAAAUGAAUGUAUAAUAAAAAGGGUGUCUGCAGAGCCCAGUCAAAACCAUUGCAGUGAAUGAUCAGUGCUCUCGUCCUGCAUAUGUUUCAGCUUCUGUGGCAUUGACAUUUUAUUCACCCAUGCUAUGAUUCUGUAGUCGGCAAUUACAGUGGUACUUCAGGUUACAUAUGCUUUAGGUUACAGACUCCGCUAACCCAGAAAUAGUGCUUCAGGUUAAGAACUUUGAUUCAGGAUGAGAACAGAAAUCGUGCUCCGGUGGCAUGGCGGCAGCAAGAGGCCCCAUUAGCUAAAGUGGUGCUUCAAGUUAAGAACAGUUUCAGGUUAAGAACAGACCUCCAGAACGAAUUAAGUACUUAACCAGAGGUACCACAGUACUGCUGCUGGUGUGCAUCCCUCUGCAAACAUUUAAGUUUUAACUGAGUUGUUACGGAAUGUAAAUUUUGCAUUCUAUUGCCAUUUAACUCCCAACCCUUUGCAUGCUUCCCAAGAGCGCCCCUUUUCGUAAGCGACGUGUUGGAGACCACGCGCCAGAAAACAGCUUGACCCCCCUGCUCUUCUCUUUCUUUUAGGGGCCGGGGUCAGGAACAGGAGCAACAGGUGGGGACAAAACUGGAGCCAGAAGCACUCUUCCUACAAGACUUGGAACUCUAGACUUUACCCACAGUGGAGGCCGGGAGACGCCAGGCAGAGGAACUGCUGGAGAGGUGAGGACUAACUCUGAACCGAGGACAUAGGCCUUCCAGUUGCCCAUGAGAAAGAAACCCUACAGAUUGAGACUUCUUCUGGGCCUCAACCCCAAGAGUUCUGAGGGACAUUGACCCCUUUCUUUUCCCUUCCCCCAUCCAGGAGGCGAUGUGACGUUUGACAUCAGCAACGAUGCCCCAACUAUAACAGGUGCCAAAGCCACGUUCAGCAUUGCCCUGCGCUUCCCUGGCAACCAGACGGUUCUACCAAACGGAAGCAUCGUGUGGACCCAGAACUGCACCAUAAAUGGUGAGCUGAAGCCCCUGCAGAGGCACCGAUGCCUCUCUUCCUCCCUCUCACCUUUCCUUUCAGGAGUUCUGGCUUGGCCCCACAACCGUGGGCGCCCGGGACUGUGGGUGCCAUUAUAUAUAUAUAUCUCUCUACCCAGCCACUCUGGGCAGCUCCCAACAGAAUAUUAAAAACACGAUAAAACAUCAAACAUGAAAAACUUCCCUAAACAGGGCUGCCUUCAGAUGUCUUCUACAAGUCAGAUAGUUGUUUAUUUCCUCGGCAUCUGAUGGAAGGGCAUUCCACAGGGCGGGCGCCACUACCGAGAAGGCCCUCUGCCUGGUUCCCUGUAACUUCACUUCUCACGGUGAGGGAACCACCAGAAGGCCCUCAGAGCUGAACCUCAGUGUCUGGGCUGAACGAUGGGGGUGGAGACGCUCCUUCAAGUAUACUGGGCCAAGGCCGUUUAGGGCUUUCAAGGUCAGCACCAACACUUUGAAUUGUGCUUGGAAACAUACUGGGAGCCAAUGUAGGUCUUUCAGGACUGGUGUUAUACGGUCUUGUAACCCGUCUAGUAAGCAACGCAGGCGAGCUCCCCUUGCGUACAAAUAAACCAACUCAGGCUCUUCGCUGAGAGCAAACUGCAUCUCAAAAACAAAUCUGGAUAUGUAUCUUUUGAGUGCCUGGUGCGAUUUAUUUUGCUGGGCCGAGGCAGUGUGCACCAAAAUUUGUGGGUGCCCAGCCCUUUCAUGGGGAAUUUUGUGGGUGCUCCUGCACCCAGGGCCCCAAGGUCUUGUUUCCUAUCCUUGCCUUGCAGGUACCCGUGUGACGCAAGGAGAACCUGUUUUCCCCAAUCAGGAGACUGACAACUCGGACUGCUUCUUCCCUGACGGGCAGCCCUUCUCCCAGAGCGACCGCCGCAAGCGUGGCAAGUUCGUCUACGUCUGGCAGGCGUGGGGUAAGCGUCUGCUUCCUGGCUGAUAAGGGAUGGCUUCCUCGCACACGCAAGUCCCGGGGCCAUCUCUUAGCGCAGGGAUAGCCAACAUGGUGCCCUGCAGACGUUGCUGGAAUUGCAACUCCCGUCGCCUCUCACCAUUGUCCUUGCUGUCCAUUGGGCCCCAUCUGGGCUAUAGCUUUAAAGCAUGACAAUACCACUUUAAAUGGCUUCCCCCCUAAGAAUUCUGGGAAGCGUAGUUUGUUAAGGGUGCUGAGAGUUGUUAGGAGACCCACUGAGCUAUGGCCCCUCUUUCAGUGUAAGUUGGAGAGUCUUUCGAUAGGUGACUGUCUGGGUCAUCAGAACUUAAAAUACUGCAGGGUUCAGCAUCACUGCAUUUCAAACUGCACCAGGACAAAUUUCCUCAUUGCAGCCGCCUCCCUUGUGGGGUCGUCGCAUCCUGCACCCCUUUGCCCAUUAUAAUCGUGUUCCCUUUCCUAUAGGAAGGCUAACAGACAGAAGGCUGGAGAGUCUCUUUCUGUUCUUCCCUUGGGAAAUUUGCGUAUAUGGACAGAUUCCCCCACUUUUCUGAUUGUAUACUGCUUAGACCUCACUGUACAACUCAAUGAUUAAGCCCCUGGGUGAGAAGAAACGCUAAUUGCACCGGAACAGUGUUGACUCAAAGGGACGCGGGUGGCGCUGUGGGUUAAACCACGAAGCCUAGGGCUUGCCGAUCAGAAGGUCGGCGGUUCGAAUCCCCGCAACGGGAUGAGCUCCUGUUGUUCGGUCCCUGCUCCUGCCCACCUAGCAGUUCGAAAGCACGUCAAAGUGCAAGUAGAUAAAUAGGUACCGCUCCGGCGGGAAUGGAAACGGUGUUUCCGUGCACUGCACUGGUUCGCAAGAAGCGGCUUAGUCAUGCUGGCCACAAGACCUGGAAGCUGUACCCCGGCUCCCUCGGCCAAUAAAGCGAGAUGAGCGCCGCAACCCCAGAGUCGGUCACGACUGGACCUAAGGGUCAGGGGUCCCUUUACCUUUACCUUAGUGUUGACUCGAGAGUCGAUGCUGCUUCUACAAACUACAUGAGUGACUGUAAAGGAAAAGACUACUUCUGCAAUUUAUUUGUUUUCUUGUUUAUGCUCUUUAUUGUGGAGCGGUUGCCUUUGGGGCCAUUUUUGUGUGUGACUUUGCUAGUAUAUCACUACCCUGUUGGUUGCAGGGCGGUAUUGGCAGGUGGUGGAUGGCCCCUCGUCCCUGCUGACUGUUGAGACAGCCGAUGUACCCCUGGGCUCCUACACCAUGGAAGUGGAAGUCUAUCACUACCGGGGACGUGAGAAAUUCAUCCCUAUCGGUAGCACCUCUUCAGAGUUCAGCAUCACUGGUAGGUCUGGGUGAGCGGGCUCUUUUGCUGUGGGUGGGGAAGCAGUGUUUGAAUCAUGGAGGCAGUAGGAAAGUAAGGGGCCCUUAAUGCAGUUCACAAGCUCAACCCCUGGACUCCAACAAAUCUUACCUCCCUGCAGGAGAGAUAACAGUUAAAAAAAAAAAAAAAGGAGAUAGAUCUGUGUGUUUUUUUCAGGUAGAGUGUUGCCCCAGAGGUAUCGAAGGGAAAUGGUUUUAAAAUGGAUUAAUGAUGAUUAUAGACAGUUCAGAGAGGAUUUGCUGUACUUGAAUAUUUUGUGGAUAGGUUAUAACAAGGGACAAGAAUCAUAGCAGAAAUUGGAACUUGUACAGUUUAUGUGUGGGGAGAACAGAUUACAGUGGUACCUCAGGUUACAUACGCUUCAGGUUACAGACUCCGCUAACCCAGAAAUAGUACCUUGUGUUAAGAAUGAGAACAGGAUGCUUCAGGAUGAGAACAGAAAUCGUGCUCCAGCGGCGUGGCAGCAGCAGGAGGCCCCAUUAGCUAAAGUGGUGCUUCACGUUGAGAACAGUUUCAGGUUAAGAACGGACCUCCGGAACAAAUUAAGUACUUAACCUGAUGUACCACUGUAGUGAAUUUUGAAAUGAAAGGUGGGUAAGAUACUUGGAGCAGCAAGAGAGGGAAGAAAAAGAAGAAAUAUUGGGGGGUGGGGCAGAAAGUUGCAGAAAAUCAAUAAAAAAAUAAUUGGCAAAUCUUACCUCCCUACAAGGGAUGCGGGUGGCGCUGUGGGUUAAACCACAGAGCCUAGGACUUGCCGAUCAGAAUGUCGGCGGUUUGAAUCCCCGUGAUGGGGUGAGCUCCCGUUGCUCGGUCCCUGCUCCUGCCAACCUAGCAGUUCGAAAGCAUGUCAAAGUGCAAGUAGAUAAAUAGGUACCGCUCCGGCGGGAAGGUAAACGGCGUUUCCGUGCGCUGCUCUGAUUCGCCAGAAGCGGCUUAGUCAUGCUGGCCACAUGACCCGGAAGCUGUACGCCAGCUCCCUCGGCCAAUAAAGCGAGAUGAGCGCCGCAACCCCAGAGUCGGCCACGACUGGACCUAAUGGUCAGGGGUCCCUUUACCUCCCUACAAACCCAUCUAAAACAGUAGCUAAUGGGUGCAUCACAAAAACUAGGAGGGCUGAGUUGCUCUCGUGAUGGAAACACUGGCUGUAGGGCAGGUUGAAAGCUCAGGAGCCACUGAGGACCAGCAGGAGAGGCUGGUUAAGCAAGCACGGGGCAGACCAAGUGUGAUUCGUGGGCAGGUGGGGGGGGGUCAUACGUUGUUAGUUCUCCACCUGCUGCCCUCUCUUGCCUUACUUCCAUGCCCGUAGCUGACUCUCUGCUCUGCUUCCCAGACCAGAUCCCGUUCAACGUGGACAUUGCACAAGUGCUGGAUGUCGACGGGACCGACGGGCGCUUUGUGCGCAACCGGGCCAUCGCAUUUGGCGUGCGCCUCCACGACCCCAGCCAAUACCUGCGCGACGCCGACAUCUCCUAUUCCUGGGAUUUCGGCGACCAGAGCGGGACUCUGAUAUCCCGGGCUGCCAUGGUGACCCACACCUACCUUGCCGCCGGCACCUUCAGCCCUCGCGUCAUCCUCCAGGCCGCCAUCCCCUUGGCCGAUUGCGGAAGCAGCACCACGGAGGAGCCAUCCGUCGCCCCCACGGCAGACCCGAGUGGUACCACGGUGCCGAGUGGCACGACGGCCCAAGGCACCGCGGUCUUGCCCACUGUCAGCAGCAUAACCGGGUCAGGAUCCGCGGGUGUCCCAACCUCAGGUAAGUACUGGUGCUUCUCCUUUACUAACUACAGUGGUACCUCGGGUUACAUACGCUUCAGGUUACAUUCACUUCAGGUUACAGACUCCGCUAACCCAGAAUAAUACCUCAGGUUAAGUACUUUGCUUCAGGAUGAGAACAGAAAUCGUGCUCCGGCAGCGCGGCAACAGCAGGAGGCCUCAUUAGCUAAAGUGGUGCUUCAGGUUAAGAACAGUUUCAGGUUAAGAACAGACCUCCGGAACGAAUUAAGUACUUAGCCCGAGGUACCAUUGUAUAACAAUAAUAAUUUAUUACUUAUACCCCGCCCAUCUGGCUGGGCCUCCCCAGCCUUCCUGGGUGGCUCCCAACAGAAUAUUAAAAACACGAUACAACAUCAAACAUUAAAAACUUCCUUAAACAGGGCAGUCUUCAGACUAAAAGUCAGAUAGUUGUUUAUUUCCUCAACACCUGGUGGGAGGGAGUUCCACAGGGCAGGUGCCACCACCUAGAAGACCCUCUGCCUGGUUCCCUGUAACCUCACCUCUCUCAAUGAGGGAACCGCCAGAAGGCCCUCCUUGGAGCUGGACCUCAGUGUCCGGGCUGAACGAUGGGGGUGGAGACACUCCUUCAGGUACACUGGGCCGAGGCCGUUUAGGGCUUUAAAAGUCAGCACCAACACUUUGAAUUGUGCUCGGAUACGUACUGGGAGCCAAUGUAGGUCUUUCAGGACCGGUGUUAUAUGGUCUUGUAACCCGUCUAGUAAGCAACGCAGGUGAGCUCCACUUGCGUACAAAUAAGCCAACUCAGACUCUGUGCUGAGAGCAAACUGUGCAUCUCAAAAACAAAUCUGGAUAUGUAUCUUUUGAGUGCCUGGUGCGAUUUAUUUUGCUUUCAAAGAUUUGCAGUUUUUUUGUGGGUGGGAAGGACUAGUUCUCUAUAAGAACUAGAGGGGCACGGCAGUGUAUUCAGAGGCUGUGUAACACAGAGGCUUUCACCCUGUGUUCUGAGGAAUGUAGGGGCCUCUGAAGGUUACCAGAGGGUCAGUAAUGAUGGAGAGCUGUCCCUGAAAGAGACAUUAUUAAUCUUCACAGGGUAUGUUCUGGGGCUCAUUCUCAGUUCAUGUUGGGUGACAGUGACGCUCAGUAGGCUUAGUAGUCAAUGCCUAGAUUUGCCCUGAAGGAGGGGAGGUUUACCUCUGGCCUUCCAAAUCUUGUUGGACUACGGAUCCCAUCACCCAUGACAAUUGGCCAUGAUUGCUAAAGCUUUGGAUUCCAACAACCUCUGAAGGACACAGAUUCCCCAGUCCUGGCUGGCAAAUCCUCACCAGGACAUUGCGUAUUCCUGUCUUGAGAGUCAAGGCAGGUCUUCCACCUACAUCACUGUCGUGCUGAGUCCACAACUUUCACACUUAGGAUUACUUGCCUUUCACUUUGACUAAUUCUAGGGUGGUAAUAUCUAAAUCAGGCUUCCUCAACCUCGGCCCUCCAGAUGUUUUUUUGGCCUACAACUCCCAUGAUCCCUAGCUAGCAGGACCAGUGGUCAGGGAUGAUGGGAACUGUAGUCUCAAAACACCUGGAGGGCCGAGUUUGAGGAAGCCUGAUCUAAAUGGUUCACAAUAUAUGAAGAGUAUGCCAUUCCACAGCAGGAGUCGGGGUGCUUCGAGAUAGACCCAGUGUAUUCAUUCCACCUCUUGAACCCCAGAAACUGCUUCCGCUCUUGCCCCAGGCGUGCAAAAGCUCCCAGACAAAACCAUCCCUAGACCUCAAUCUGACAGAUGGGUGUUACUCACAUCCCAGAUGCUCAGAACAGCUGGCCUGUCCAUCAAUGGCCAGCGUAUACCAAGGCUAAAGGGGUGUUCUUUGCACAAGAGAGCAGCAAGGUUUACAUUUCCUUGAUCUGGCAUAUUUUCUGAGCUAUCCCAAGGCCUCACUUAGAUAGCCGCAUAAAAGUGUUGUUAAACCUGUUGCUGACCCAUGUGGUCUUUGUUUGAACCAGCUACUGAAAGCAGUUUGUUUACACCAGGGGUAGGCAACCUAAAGCCCGUGGGCCGGAUGCGGCCCAAUCAUCUUCUCAAUCCAGCCAGGAAUCAGUGUGUUUUUACACGAGUAGAAUGUGUGCUUUUAUUUAAAAUGCAUCUCUGGGUUAUUUGUGGGGCAUAGGAAUUUGUUCAUCCCCCCCCCCCCCCAAUAUAUAGUCUGGCCCACCACAUGGUCUGAGGGACGGUAGACCAGCCCACAGCUGAAAAAGGUUGCUGAUCCCUGGUCUACACUCUUGCAAAACUGCAUGCUUAGAACAUUUUCUGUAUUAAGUCUCAUUCUCUCCUCAUGUGCAGCCCCAGCCUCCGGGACGACUCAGCAGCAACCCGAGACUAGUUCUGUGGCCACUGCAGCUACUGUAGGCACUGUCACAGAAGUCAGUGCUGUGCCCGAAGGGGCAGAUUUAGCUGUAGCGUCCGUGGAGCCUGUGAACGAUGCCUCCGUCGCCCCAGCUGAAGACGCUACAGACAUUGCGGACCCUGCAACUGUUGCCACGGCAGCGGCAGCAUCCCUCCCAGCCACCACAGCUUCUGCAUCUGUGUCCACCGCAGUGGCUGCAUCUCUGCCAGGCACUGUGGCACCCGAUUCUCCCUCCACAGCGGCACCUGAAGGUGAUCCAGGCACUCUGGCACCCGCGGUUUUGUCUCCAGCAGCAUCUACAGCCGAGCUUCCUGGGGCAUCGACAACACUCCUUAGUGUGGCCGACACCCCGCUCUCUCCAUCAGUGGCAGGUAGGUCUAGCAGGAGAUUCCUUGCCUUGCUUGAGAUUCAGCAUGGGACCCCGAAACACCCAGCCAUGCUUAUUCACCAUGGCCGUCUUUACCCUUUCCCUCAAACGGAGGAUAGCUUGCCGUGUUGACCUUGCUGAAGGCAGAGGGAAUCCCAAUUGGGGCUCAGGGAUGGGAGAUGGGCAGCGAAGGAAGCAAUUUGAGGUCAUUCGCAUGAAGGUCAAGUCCAUCCUUUCUGUUGAAGAUGUGGAUACACUGGAGCCCCUUGCCAAACUUCCCCCAUCUGAUUCAGCUCCUUGCAGAGUUGUGAUUUCGGACCGAGCAUUCGAGAGGGUGGCACUCCUCUCCCCAUGGACGCCUCACCUGCCAUUCUGAUCAGCUCUCAUGUUCCUGGUGCUCAUCCUGCACCCAGCUUCCCUUGCAGAUUGUCCUCCUUGAACCCGCUCGUCCAUCCUACCCAGCACAACCUACAAACUUCCUUGCAGCCUUCUCGGAUCCUCUCAACAGAGAGGAAGAACCACUUUGUGUCUUUUAACAUAGCUUGCUCAGCCACCGUCUGCGGCUAUUAUCCUUCUGCGAUCUCUGCUUUUGAGACGCAUGCAGCACGAGGCUUUGUGGGGUGGGGGAAGAAAGUGGGGGAAAGGAAAGGAGGCGUUAUUGUUCCUUUGGCCUUGUUCUCCCAACAGAUGCCGCUGAAGAUGCAGCAACCAUCGACCUGACUGUGUCCGUCGUCCCAGACGCUGGAACGGUGGCGACUGAAGUGGUCCAGGUCUUGGUGAAACGCCAGGCACCUGCUGGCUGCCUCCUCUACCGCUAUGGGACCUUUGAAACUAACCUGGACAUUGUCCGUGAGUCCUGGGGACAGUGUGUGUGUGUGUGUGUGUGUGUGUGUGUGUGUGAGAGAGAGAGAGAGAGAGAGAAAGAUGUGCGCAAGGAUGACCACUAAACUCUGUUGCUCACGUUGGGCAAUAUUAAGGGAAGGAGAUGGUGCUCAGUGGAGCCUAAAACAGGAAUGACAGAGCCUAGGACUUGCCGAUCAGGUCAGCGGUUCGAAUCCCUGCAACGGGGUGAGCUCCCGUUACUCGGUCCCUGCUCCUGCCAACCUAGCAGUUUGAAAGCACAUCAAAGUGCAAGUAGAUAAAUAGGUACUGCUCUGCCAGGAAGGUAAAUGGCGUUUCCAUGCGCUGCUCUGGUUUGCCAGAAGCGGCUUAGUCAUGCUGGCCACAUGACCAGGAAGCUGUACACCAGCUCCCUCGGCCAAUAAAGCAAGAUGAGCACCGCAACCCCAGAGUUGGCCACGACUGGACCUAAUGGUCAGGGGUCCCUUUACCUUUACCCUUCCAGAUAUUGUUGAACUACAGCUCUCAUAAUCUGCGGCCAUUGACCCUGCAGAUGGGAGCUGUGAUUCCAAAAAUACUUGGGAUUACUCACCCCUAAUUUAAAUGAAGAGGCUUCUAGUUUCCAAAUUAAGACCAAUUUGCAAGUACCAAAACCUUCAGUCUCACAGCCGCCAAAGGAGUGUGACAGAGCAUUGAUCUCACCAGAAGAGGAUGGAGGCUGAUCAAGUGGCAAUCUUUGUGACUAGAUGCAAGAACAAAGAUGUGAGGCUGGGUGUAAAUAAUUCCCAUUCUGAUUCUAAAAACUAAUAAUCUCAAAAUGUACCCAACUCUGCUGGUAGGCAGAUCCAUCUCCCCUGUGCAGCUGAGUUUGGUGCCUCUCCUUUUGGGCGUCCCAAGUUUUCAACUCACCUUCAGAAGAUCUCCCAAGCUUCCCUUGCUUCUAGUGUUGAUUCUCUGCAAGCAGAGUUGGGGUGGACCCCAGCCACAACUAGGGAAUGAAAGGCGGGCGAGAGGAAGAACAAGAAAGAGGCACAUCCUUGUUCUCCUUUAUUGCAGAGGGCAUUGAAGGUGUUGAAAUUGUGGAGGUGGUGCCACUGGUGUCAGCCAUUGCUGAGAACACGGUAGAUCUCACAGUGACGUGCCAAGGAAGGUAGGUUGCAUAAGUAGGAGUGGCCUCUUUUGGUCUGGCUCCAAGGUCUUCCAUUUUCCCGCUGAAAAAUGAUGGGCUGAAGCACUAGUGGGCUAGUGAAACUGAAGGGCUAGUAGAGUUGGGCUGUUUCAAGAUAGGUGUUUUUUGGGGGGGGACAGUUAUUCUGCAAAAUGUCAUUGAUGCAAUAAUAGUACAUGAACGGUGGAAUUAUACCGGACUGCCCCACAGACCAUUUCACUUUAUUUGUUGUUUGGUGAUGCUUCCCCAGUGAAGUUGUAAAGUGCUACCUGGAGGGACGGUCCCAUGCUGUGGCACAGGAAAAUUGUAAGGAAAAUGCCAGAGCAUUUGUGGUAUGAAGUGUUAUAGCAUCUCUGCAGGAUGUUAAGGGGCAUGGACCACUUGGAAGCAAAGCAGCAUGUCUAACCCCCAGGUUUUUGUAGUGUUUAAAGCAGGAGCAUGUCAACACCAUCACAUGCAUGCAUCACUGUGAACGCGCAAUUGAAAUGGCAUUGGGAGGGAGCCCUGGACUAGAGGAGAAUGAAAGGAAGUUAGGAACAGGGCCAAAGGAGCUCUGAGCAGCAUGCGUGUUUGCUGUUUGUGUGUGUGACUUGUUGGAACACACUUGACAGUCCCUUGGGAAGCUGGGAGAGGGAGGGUAGCCACAGUGAAGCGGCAUCAAUACUAGAAAGGGAGAGCAUUGACCCAGAGAAUGCUGUGGUCAUGGGAGGGAGAGAGGACUGGCUCCCAACACCUGAACGAAAUAGCCUUGUCCUGCUUGCAGCCUCCCUGAGCAAGUCUGCACAACCAUCUCGGACCCUGAUUGCUUGACAGCCCAGGAGACUGUGUGCAUCCCGGCCCAGCCCAGCCCCGACUGCCUGCUGGUUCUGCGCCAGGCCUUCAACCAGUCUGGCAUCUACUGCGUCAACAUCUCCCUGGCUGAUGCCAACAGCCUGGCUGUGGCCAGCACCCAAGUCAGCAUCCAGGGUAAGGACCAAACCUCAGGGAGGCAAAGAGCUCUCUCUGCUCCUGACGCUUAGAAGGACUUCUUGGGGGGUUUGCAGAGGAAGACAACUCUCCCAUCAGUUUCUCCCUGUAGUAUCAGCGAUGGUGUGCCUAUCCUUGCUCUCAGCAUCCUGGAAAGGCAAGGAUGGGCCAGGGGGAGGAGGGUGGCCUCCCUGUGUUUCGUGCUCUUUGAUGGCAUGCAUUAUCAGAGCAGCUGCAGAGAUGCCUUCUGAGACUAGCCUGAGGGUUGAUCCAUGUUCCCCAAGGAGAGAUGGUGCGCUCCUCUCUUUCUCUCGCUGAAUAGGCAGACAUUAAUUUCUCUUAUCUUCUCCAGCCGCAAGAACUUCAGGCUCAGCCCAAAUUGCACUAGUUGUUGGAGUGGUGCUGGUCGCUGCUGCCUUAGGGGCUGUUGCCUAUACCUACAGGUGAGCCUUUGUUGAGCCGCAUGGGAGCCUAUAGUCAGUUGAGGAACAAGAAAGUGUGUCGGUCCAGAAGCUAGUGGAAUGUUGUAGGGCUGGUUAAAGCCUCUCCGCCGAGAACGGAGGCAUUUUGCCAAGGCCUGCCCUAAUAACCACAUCUCUGUAGCUGGGAAGGAUCCAGAGGCCUGUAAAUCUGGCGGCCCCCUAACAGCAAUCAAAUCCUUCCUGCAGGGGGUUAGCCAAGGUGGUGCCCUUCAGAUGUUCUUGCACUCCACCCAGCAUCCUCAGCUAGUCAGGGGCAAUGGGAGUUGUAGUCCAACUACAUAUUGAAGCCACUAUAUUGGCUGUGUCUGCCUUAUGGCAUUUGGGUGGGACCUAACACAGGGAGGUGGCUGGUCUCUCGAACAUUUACAGCUGACUUAUAUUGAACUAGCCCACGAGUCCACCUAGGCCAGAAUUUCCCAAACUUGGGUCUCCAGCUGUUUUGGGGCUACAACUCCCAUCAUCCCUAACUAGCAGGGAUGAUGGGAAUUGUAGUCCAAUCUAGGCCAGCAGUGAUGGCCAGUAGCCCUUCAAGAUUGCAGGCAGAAGAUUUCCCCAGCCCUGCUUCCUGUGCUUUUGACUCAGGGGUGGGAGAUCUGUGACGUUCUGGAUUGUUGCUGGACUAUGACUCCACUCACCUUUGACCACUGGCCGUGCUUGAUGGAGGCUGAUAGGAGCUGGAGCCCAACAUGGCCCAUUCCUGCUCCUCUAACUGGAAGCGCCAGAGCCUCCAUGCAACACAUGAGCUUUUCCAGGCAAGAUGCCUCUUUAACACGACUUCUUCCACCUCAUAUUUGGGGAAACUACAGUGCAAAGGCGAGGCAAGCUGACCAAACCCAGCCAAAGUAGCCCUGUUGGUUGUAGAACUUGUAAACCAUUCUGCUCUAGCAAAUAGCAAAGCAUGCCAGUGGAAUGGGAAAGCUCCCCAAAGUGAACGUUCAUUGCAUUCAAAGCUUGUGGGCAGAUAGUCAGUCUACUCUCCAAGGCUUCAACUAAGUCAGUUUUCUUCUUUCUUCUGCACACAAACCAUUUCUACCACAGUUCACCUGUCAUUGCUCCCCGCAGUACUUUGUCUUCCAUCUCCUCCAUCCUUGGCAAUCUAUCCCAACCUCAAACUAACCACUUUGAAUGGCCAACUCAGUAGCAUGGAGCUCUCCAUUGCCCAAAGUCUUCUGAGCAGAGACAAGGAUGGCAUGUAGAUCAAGCCUACGUGGCCAAAAUCCACCUGCUUUGCUGAACGAAGAAGCCUUAAAAGCCUUAUUAUUUCUGUUCGAAACACUGAACGAACCAAGCUAGAAAACUGUGGCUCACUAAAUAUUUUACUGUCACCGUUUUCUUCCACUACAGGCAUAUGAAAUACACACCCCUCCGUGCUGCGACAUCAGCCAGCACCUCUCCCAGCAGCUGGUUACCUGACCGUACCACUGUACGCCUCUUCCUACGCCAGGCUUUUGGGCAGGGGGCCAGUGGGGAAAGCAGCCCACUGCUGAGUGGCAACGUGAUCUAAAGAUGGAGACGAAGGCCAAGGAAGCCAACUGAAGCCUUGCUAACUACUGAACCAGAUGCCUUGUGGAGCCAUCCCUGCGAAAGGAGAUAGUGUCCUCCUCUGCAGUUCUUCCACCCUAAACUGACCCCGCCCAGCAUUCUUGUUCUUUUUUAAAAAUUACCCGCUAAGUAAACACUCAGACUCCUUGAUGGUGCCAUCUCAGUGCCUGCCUGGGUGGGAGGGAAGACACAAGACCCUGCAGAGGUGCUAAAUCGCUUACUUUCCUAGACCUUCUCCACAUUCUGAUCUGCCCCUCCAGCACCUGCCCCAAGCACCAGCUGCCCCUAAUGUCUACCAAUAUGCCGGCUGUGAAGCCACUCUUGCACGCUAAGUUGAAUGAGGUAUAGGGCUGGGUGAUAUAUCAUCCAAACUGGUUUCAAGUCCAUAUUGUGAUAUUAGUUACAUAAUUUUUAACCUGGCAAUAUAUAUUGUGAGUCAUGGUAUGUGUGUGUGCUGUGCAAAAAACACAAUGUGGGGAAAAACCCAUGAAGUCAUACCCUUAUUUCACCCUGAUUUCAGACAUUGUGAUAUACCAGUAUACUGCAAUGUUGAAAACCAGAUAUCGUGCUCUCUCUCUCGCUCUCUCACCUUUCCCUGUAUCUACACAGCAAACUAAUGUAUCAAAGAAGAUUUAAAAUAGCUUUCUUCAUUGUGUGCCAGUUUUGUAUAUGCUGCAAGCCUUUUAAGUAAGGAGAGGCUGCAAAAACAACACCUCAUUUACUGCCUGAAGUGAUAUGGUCCCUCUGCAUAGAUGGGCUCCUAGUUAACCACAUUCCCUUGCACGAUGCUGUACAUGUCAUGUACCUGGUGAGCAUACCAUAGCUGUCACUGGUGGCCACAGGGUACACUAGAGCAAUGGGAAGGAAGCAGAAGCAGCAGCAGCUUGUCAGGGCAGUUAGAGAAGCUGGAGAGUAGGAAGGCCUGGCUCUCGAGGAACAGGUUUUAUAAAGUACAGCUCUCCCAAAGAGAGGUUUCUGCCCUGAAGGAGAUAAGAGAGUGAGAACAGGCUGCUGUGGAAUGAGCAAGAUAGGAAGAUCUGCAGCACAGACUAGGGUGAAAGCAUGUGGCAGAGCAAUGCCAGGAUGAGGCCCAAGACAAAGAAGGGCGAUGGGAUCUCAGAUUUAUGGGGGAAUCGUUCUGCAGAGUGUGCUGUGGGGCUUCCUGGCUGACAGAAGAGGCAGGGCUGCUUGUUCCUGUUAUGCGAAAGAACGGCUGCACAUCCAUACUUGUCCUCUUCUAUCCAUUUAGC